AUGAAUUAAAAACCCUGAUUGGUCAGUUAAGAGUUAAGGAAAGUGGAUUUUGAAGAAACGAAGAGGUACGCACAAUUCCAAUCCAAUCCUCAUCCUCAUCACAUCACUCCUCUUGCUUUCCCCGCCAACUUCACUCUCCCACUAACUCCAUCUCUCCACUGGCGGUGAAAUACGCAUGUAGUUGCACAAGUUUUUAUCAAUGGCGGAAUGUGUAACUUCCCCAUUCUGUGUUAAGCUGCAUAUGCAGCAGAAAAGGCCUUUUACACAUUCACCCUUCCCUCACCAAACUACCAAUUUCAAGACUAUUCGAAGAAAGUAUUUCAGAAAUGAAUGUGAAUUUUUUCAUUUCCUUACACUGCAAAAAUUCAAGCCGAGUGUAUUUGGGGUUGCAGAUUUAAAAAUUACUCACCGUCUUCGGGCAUUCCCUUUAAAUUGCAUUGGCAUAGGAGCUUUGGUUGACUCUGAUGGUGGAACAGCAUCUAAUUUGGUGCCAGUUGCUAAUCAGGUUCUUUUGAUGGGAAGUAUAUUGCUCACUUAUAUGGCUGGAGUAAUUCCUGUUGACAAAUCUUAUACCCGUGAUCAAAAGAACAAUUCUGUAAAAAAUGCAUUACGUGACAGCUCAGACAUUUCUGGUAGUGCAGUGCAGCAAAAGGAUCAAGUUGAGUCAAAUUAUGUAUUAGAUGUGGUGAGAGAAAAACUUUUGAAUUCUCUAAAUGCAUUAGAGAAAGAGGCUUAUGCGGGGGACAUCAUCCUUCAAUCUGCAAAAAGACCCUUGAGUUUAAAAGCUGUUGCCGAGGGUCCAAAGUUAAGGUUACUUUGGGCUGCUUUUCUACAAGUUGAGGAAGAGGUUAAUAAUAUGUCAAGCGUUUCGAGUUCUGUUGGUAUGGAUGAUCCAGUCAAAGUUUUUUCUGAAGUAAUACAAAGAUCAUGUCAUUCUAUCUGUGCUACAUGGCUGGAGAAGGAGUUUUUCCUUGUAAAAGGCAACACUCACCAGGAAUUUGUUUCUAUGAUGCUUGAAGGAGUGAAAGGGGAUAAUGUUAUUGUACAGAACAUUACAAGGUCUGGCAAGAAAGAUCUGUAUUCAGAAUUACUUUGGUAUCUUACUUAUGGUUUGGUCAGGGAUGAUUGCUGUUAUGAUUCCCGUAUAUUUGCUACCCAUGGUGUUUCCAUUUUAGAAGAUUUAGUUAUGGCUCUGGCAGAUGGGGUUGCAAGCCUCUAUCUGGAGUUUAUUUCUGUUGAUAGUGAUGUGUCAAGUAAAACAAAUAGCUUGGAGGUGUCAUUCUGUGCUUUGUCCACCAGAGAACUCCAAAAAUUACGUAAUGAGGUGGCUUUGAACCAGUGGUUGUACCACAACAUGGACACAGUUGUGUCAAUGUAUGAGGAUCGCUUUGACUUGUGUACACUUGAGAGCCAACCCAUUGAUUUACCGGACAGCAGUCAGACUGACAAACAAAGUUGGUGGAAGAAUCUUACCCAGCAACGUUCAAAAACCAUGUCACAUGAGUUAUAUUGUAUUGCGAUAAACCAUUUCUCAAUGCCCAUAAAACGGACAAAGGAAUUAAGAGCCCUUACAGGAUGGAGGUAUUACUUCAGCCUUCUUCUUGAGCUAUCUGACAUCACCAUGCCGAUUGUUAGAACAGUUAUUAAUAAAGCAAGUGAAGCUAUCUCAUUCUUUUUGGUUAGCUUGAUUGGCAGGUCUUUAGGACUCAUUUAUACAGGCAUUAGGCAGUCCCUCAAAUGGAAGUGAGCUUAGUACAGUUUUUUGCAGUACAGUUGUUUCCCCCCUCAUUUAUGUCACAAUUCUAGUUUAGAUUAAAUCAAAUUCGAAAUAUAGCAUUGCUUUCAGUUGGUCGUUUGAGGCUUUUCACUGUUUAUUACAUAUACAUGAAAACAAUUGCUGUUCUGACAUUCAAUGUAUCUUAGAAACACAAGUAAAUGACCAAACAACCCAGCGGCAGUUAACUACCGCUGGGGGUAUUUUAGUAUUUUACUUGUGUUUUUAGGAAGUAUUGAAGUCAGAAAAGCAAUUGUCAUACAUGAAAAGCACAUCCAUAUUGAUAUUGAGAUCAAGCCAAUUUUAGCUUCGAAAUUAGUAUUACUUGAUUUGGAUUCAUUCAACACUUGAGUAAAAUUGCAAAGAGCAACAUCUUCAAAUUGCAAUAUGUAGUAAUUUUUUCUCACUUUCGAAUACAGUUUUUUAUUUCAUAAA